CACAAGGCCAAAUGCAAAUCGGUGUCCAUCAAGGACAGGCACAAGACCCUCUAUGCAGCUAUCCCUCUAUUUACUAGGUACCUAGUAUUACUUGGCUACAGAAGCAGACCACAAAAGCGUCUACAUUAAGUACGUGGGCACUGAAGGUUUGCAGUCUAGUCAUUUCAGCAUCGAGCGUGGUACCAUAUCCAGCCAUGCCUACCCUACAGCUCCUCUCUUGAUGCAGACUUUGCCUGGUCUUGUUCUUUACCACUCUUGACUUCCUUCGUCUUCAGUGCCUGGACUUUAAUGUCGAGUUUCGUCUUAUUGUUCUGGAGUUUAGUAUGCAUAACCCAACCAACAACCCCACCAUCUGAAGGCUUGGGCUUAUACUUGCUCAGGUCGACAAGUUGAUCUGUUAUUUCGCUGUAAGCAACUGUUUCAAUCGAUUGGCUGGAUCUGGAGGCAUACCCUCGCAUUUACUUGUCUCUGCCGUCCACAGAGGUAGGAUCCCAUACAAGGCGCCAGGUGCGAAUAUGACAACCUUGUCCUUGUCAUUAUCGCGAUCGAUCUUGUCAGCCUCUGGGAACUGGACAACUUGCUCGAUCUCAUCCUCGUCGGUCUUUGGCUUCUCAAGAACCGCAAAGAGGGCCUUCCCCUUCCCGUCAGUCCGCUCCUGUUGCUCAAUCCACCUGCGAACCAUGAGGGGGAUUUGAUCAUAGUUCAUCAGCAGCAGACUUCGGCCAUCAAGGUGAGGAUCGAGACCCAGCCAUCCUCCAGGGUAUUCUUUAUCAGCGAAGACCGCCUUCAGACCCUUCGACCAUGGCUUCAACCCCUUGGGAGGAGGCUCCAUCAAGUCUUUGAGGGUGUACUCGAGAGCUUCAAACUGAGACCUGGCCUCGCAGGUAGGUCGGAAUGAGGCCAUGGCAUCGAGAGCAAAGGGGUCCCUCCAGUCGAAGCCCUGCACAAGCUCAACAGGCGGCGGCGGUGCCAUGCCAAUUGCAUGAGCGAGCCCAGCCAGCACAGUCGAAGUCAACACGAAUCCAGCGGAAGUGGUCUUCAUGAUGGCAAUGAGAUACGUUGUUGACGGCAACUAUUCAACGUAAUUGGGAACCACCAUGGGCAGAAUUAUGAAGCUGGACCUGAAUACAUAGAACCUGUCUUCUUCCAUGAUAUUUAUGCUCAAUAGUCACCUUACGUCGGUUUCUAAUGUUUUGUUGUCCUUUUCGGAGUCUUGGUCGCCGAGUUUCCUUUUCAGGUUUAUAUCUCGGCCGAUGUCAACGGGGAAUAGUAAGUAUCGUGUAUCUGGACGAGCUACCUUAGGCUAAAGUAUCUAUGGUUGCAGGCUAAGGACAAGUUGAAAUUGCUUUCUCCCGAGUUCAGCGUUCUGCAACAAGAAAGCCAUCAUGGUAUCUGAUGGUGUUUUAGUGGUUUGGCGCAAAACAUCAGCCGAAUAGCUAGACUUCUCACCUAUCAAGACUACCUAUCUUAGCUUACGGAGUACCUUUGCUAUGCAUUCGUCCAUUUCAGGGAAACUUAUGGACCUGGUAUAGUGAGUGUAGUCCUUUAAAUGCGAUUGUUGUCAUCAUGAGUCCAUCAUACGGUGUUGUUGGUUUGCAAGCGCAUCAACAGGACCUCAAGAUGGACAUUCUCUGAAGAGAGGUGGCUAUGAAAUGAGAAAGGCGUCGGCUGAUAUCGAUGCCAACACCAGACGAGUCACUGGCAUGGCUAUGCUUUGCCUAGAGUGAUAAAGAAGGAAUUACAGGGCUCUAAGGUCACCACUGUAUUACGCAAUUUAUGGGGCUGAAUCAGAGUUAACGGCUAUAGGUACUUAAUUAAUAUACGAUCUGGGCUGAGCCAUGUUGAGACUGAUCUCAUUGUACCAUUUAAGCGGCCUCUUUAAUUGUGUGGCCUAAGCCUCUGGCCUCUGGCCUGUAAUAAUGCCGUGCUAGCCGGGAUUACCAAUUAGACGAAACACACUUUAAAGAGCUGAAGGAUCAUGUUCCAUGAGUUGAUGAAAAUGGCAGAAUGUGAAGUGUGUGUUACACCGAGCUUUAGGCCCCGAUGAUGGGUUCUCGAGUCCAGAAAGGAGAGAUGGGAUGGAAUGAAUGUUUCAAAGGCAGUGGUCUUGCGUGUUAUACAUAGGUACUUAGACUACUACAUGAACAGCAGAAAACAGAUGCAGAUCGCCAACCUAACUCAAAUUCUGUCUCGUUCGGGUGCUCCCGAAGCCCUGUAAAUAGCAACGGUAUGGAAUGCACCUUGUACUGGGCCCUCAGCUAGUUCUAGGCCUUAGGCUAAUGGCUUGGUGCUGACAGGAGUCCGUCUUAUCCAUGCAAUAUUUCUGCUCCGCCCUGACUCUUGAAACCCUCUUGGACAGCUUAUGGACCGGAUGAGGCUUAGAGCUCAGGUGCCUGGCAUGUAAAAUUGAAGCUUUGCUUAUUUCCCCCUACCUUAAAACCUCGCUGGAGCCAGCAGCCGUGGCCAGUUGAUAGAACACAUCUGUCCUCGUGCACUCGCAUUGCAAUCACAUCACAGUCAUGGCGACAAAUGCAGCAGAGGCUGCGACCUCAGAGAAGCCGCAUGUAACAAAAACAAAGCGAUCCUGGCCACUCUGGAAGAAACUCACUGCCGUUGGCGUGGCACUUGUAGUCAUCGUCGCUCUGGCUGUUGGACUUGGUGUUGGCCUCACUCGAGGAAAGGGAGGAAACAACAGCGACGAUACCGCCAGCUCAGAGGCAGACGAUUCAACAGAGCCCUAUCUCAAAGCCCGUAGCAGUCUUUGGCAACCCAAAGUUGGCUCACAAUGGCAGAUUGUUCUCCUCAAGCCCAUCAAGCUCAACAAGGACGGCUCCACCAAGGAUCUCAAGCCCAACGUUGGCAUUUACGACUUGGAUCUCUAUGAUAACGACGCCGAGACCUUUGCAGCCCUACACAAGGCUGGCAAGAAGGUCAUCUGCUACUUCAGCGCGGGAUCAUGGGAGGAUUGGCGCGAUGACAAGAACCAGUUCAAGAAGGCCGAUCUUGGCAAGACUCUCGACGGCUGGCCUGAUGAGAAAUGGCUCAAUCUGAGAAGCACCAACGUUCGCAACAUCAUGAAGAAGCGCAUCAAGCUUGCUGCUCAAAAGGGUUGUGACGCUAUUGACCCCGACAACGUCGAUGGUUAUCAAAACGACAAUGGCCUCAAGCUGACCAAGAAAGACUCUAUCGACUAUAUCAGGUUCCUCGCUGCAGAGGCUGCAAAGUACAAUAUGUCCACCGGUCUCAAGAACGCCGGCGAUAUCAUCUCCUCUGUUCUCCCCUUCGUCCAGUUCUCGGUCAAUGAGCAAUGCGUCGAGUACUCUGAGUGUGAGACAUUUGCCAAGUUCAUCAAGGCCAAGAAGCCUGUUUUCAAUAUUGAAUAUCCCAAGAGCGCGCCCAAGGUCAAGGAGUCAGAUCGCAAGGCCAUUUGCUCGAAGAAGGGCAAGGCAAAGGGUACAGAUGGUUUCAGUACUGUUAUCAAGAAGAUGAAUCUUGAUGGUUGGGUCAUGUACUGCACCGGCAAUACCUAUCAGACCGCAGUCGAGAACUGAUGCACCUGGGCAAGUCCAUAGAGGUUACAUCUCAUCGCAAAUAUCACGAUAUGUUUCAAAUCCUUGUUAUGGCAGGAUAAACGUCCUAUCGCUUUUCAGUUGUUCUUUAUUCUUGUCAUAACCCGUGAAUCGUAAUCCUAAGUACUUGCCGUGUAGACGUUAUUAGCUCCAACCUUUGUCCACCACAUUGCCACUUCCAAAUUUAUGUACAAGUUUCCAACGGGUAACCAUAGAGCAUCUUGUCGUGCUAUCAACUUGGAGUCCGCUAAUAUCCGAAAUAAAGGGUAUCCUGAUAAUUAAAAACCGCC